AUGGAUUUUGCCGUUGAGGUGAUGCAGGGCUUGGAGACGGAGGAGGUUGAGGCUGUCACGGAGACGAUCAACGCUGUGACACUGGAAGGCGGCAGUGAAGAAGCCGCGGCUGUGGAGCUGGGAGGCAGCGCUGAGGAGGCCAACCCGCUUCUGAGGAUGAUGGAGGAGAAGGGAGGGCCUGAUCACAUCGCGUGUGGGUCAUGCGGGAAGUUCAAUAGCCACAGGCGCAUGAUCCGUUCUGGGCUGAUUUGUUCAGAGAGCAUGGUUGAUGGCGAGAUCUUCAAGAAGUUCCUCAAGAUCUGUUGCCGGUGCUGGCAGCAAGAGAAGAAGCUGGCAACUGGAACAUGUGAGUUGGAGGAGGCCUGCAAGGAUGUUCUGGAGUUCAACUCAAAGAUGCAGACUGAGCGGUCGGACUGCUACAAGAGAGCCAAGGAGGCGGCGGCCAAGAGCCAGGGCAGUGUGCGGGAACAGAGGAAAUUGCUGAAGCAGUACUGCCAGAGCUUCAUCCAAGCAGUAAGACAGCUUCGGCCAGCGCAUCAAGCACUGGAGCAGCAGUUCGCAGAGUACGUCCACAGAUACCAGAAAGAAUACGUCAAAGGAACUGAGGAGUACCAUCGCCGCCUGGCCCACUACAGCCGGUCUGCUGCUGAGGUAGAAAGAUUGAAUCAGCGCCCUGGCCGCUUGUGGACGGCUGGAACAGGGCCUUUAGCAGAUCGCAGUGAAGAAGAGCUUCAGUCUAUGAGAGGCUGGUUUGGCUUUGCCCGAAGAGGACACUUUACAUCCGCGUUGACUCAGGUGAGCUCUGAUCCUGCCGACACUCCAGAGGAAUUCUUGAAUUGGACAAGCCUGCGGUCCCUUGCAGCUGUACGCGAUCAGGGAGGAUGUGGCUCUUGUUGGGCAGUGACAGCUUCCACAGUGCUGGACAGCCAUGCUGAAAUCUACAAGUCCACACAGAGAAGCUUCUCAGCUCAAGAGCUUGUCUCUUGUGUCCCCAAUGUCAAGAAAUGUGGUGGCACCGGAAAAUGCGGAGGUGCUACAGUAGAACUGGCUUUUCAGUACGCAAUGGAACAUCCAGUGCAAACAGCAGCAGACAUGCCCUAUGAGGGAUCAGACGGCACGUGUGAAAAGCAUCCACCAUCUUUGAUGCAGCUGUCAAAAAGCGCAGAUUUUGACGUGGCUGCGGUGGGCUUUCAUGCAGCAAAUUCGGAUGCUCCUGGGAUGAAGUACAUGAGUGGAUGGGAGCGGCUGCCGGAAAAUGCAUACUCACCGCUUCUUCUUGCAAUCUAUGAAAGGGGCCCAGUUGCAGUCUCUGUGGAUGCCUCGAAAUGGAGUUCAUAUGAAUCUGGAAUUUUCGACUCUUGUGAUGAAGAUAAUAUCAUCAACCAUGCCGUUACUCUGGUGGGAUACGGUAAAGACAAGAAGUUGAAUGCAAAUUUCUACUUGAUUCAGAACUCUUGGGGGCCAUCCUGGGGUGAAGAUGGACAAAUACGCUUGCUGCGUAGGGAUGAGGACGACAAGUAUUGCGGCAUUGACCGCCAGCCACAGGAAGGAACUGGAUGUGAAGGUGGCCCUACAGAAGUUAGGGUAUGCGGCAUGUGUGGCAUCCUCUAUGACAAUGCUGUCCCACACUUUCGACACCCACGAGCCAACUGA